AUGAUGGUAUCUCGGUACCUCGUCUUCCUACUCUCGAUCGCUGCGGUUGGCGCAGCGCAGAGCCUUCUGGCCGAGUGCCAGCGCUACGGCCACAAUAGCUCAUCGUCCGACUGGUUUGUGUACACCAACGACGCCUACUGCGCGACACGAGCGUAUGGCUGCCUCCUCAACACGGCCACGUGCACCUCGGUGAAUGCGGCGGCAGCGAGUAUGAACCCGAACAACCAGGAGCUCAAGCUGCCGCUUUGCAACGCAGUGGGGAACAUCGCCUUGUCCAAUGCUUCGACCUUAGACCUCACCAACCAAGAUUUCGUCGAGAUGAAGGACGCCGUCUUGCCACCGAGCCUCGAAUACUUGACCAUCGCGCGAUCGACAGUGACGGGGCUGGUUGACCCGUCGCAAAAAGAGCGCAAGGUGCUACCGGACUCGCUCACGCAAUUUUUUGCACUGCGAUCGAACCUUGGCACACUCUCUGCUGCCUUUACGUGGCCGUCCAGCUUGCUUGAAUUGUACUUGACCAACGCGGUGGUGCGCUCGAUGCCGCAGAUCAUUGCACCGGCCUUGCGCAAUCUUGUCCUUAUCAACGUCACGGCGCCCUUGAGGAUGCUCGACUUGGUACCGACGCAAUCCGUCGCCUCCAUGACGCUUCAAGACGCAACCUUGACAAGCAUCGUGGAUCGCAACUGGUCGAAUACGCAGUUCUUAGACCUCUCCAACAACCGGAAUCUGAGCACACUCUUCAACGUCACACUCUCUCCUGGCCUGCGCUACUUUGGCUGCUUCAACUGCUCGCUGACCAACAUCACCGUGCACCAGUCGACAUUUGAAGCGUUCAACCGCCUCGAGAUCGCAUUUCCCGAGACAAGCUCGCCGUCGUCUGGCUUUGGCUAUGACAAGCCCAUCACAACAGACGCAGCCGCGUGCGCGGCGCUUCAAGGUUCGGUCCAGAAGCUCCAGCCGCUGCAGCGUUUUUUGAACGUCGAGCUGUGUGUGCUGCCAGACCCCAACCCUGCCAUACCACUAGAAGCCACACCUGAAGAAGCCACCACUCACACGGGGCUCAUCGUUGGCUGCACCAUCGGUGGUCUCGUCGUCGUCGGUCUGCUCGUUGCUUAUGGUUUGCGUCGUCGCGCCAACGACGCCCACGCCGACGGCUACUACUACUGCCGCACAAUCAACAAUGCCACCGAUGGCACCGGUGACUACAGCGAGAUGGGUCUCAACGUCGACGACCUCCGCAUGCACAAGCUCGACGUCGGCGAUUAUGUUGUCACGGGCAAGAAACCACUGGCGUCCGGUGCCUUUGGCGAAGUCUGGCUUGGCGCGUACGGCAACGACAAGGUCGCGAUCAAGCGCAUCAAGGACCGCCGCGUCGAGAGCGUCCGCAAGUUUAUCGACGAAAUCACGCUCAUGGCCAAGAUGGACAGUGAUUUCAUUGUCGCGUUCGUCGGCGUCGGGUGGCGCCGGCCGAUCGAGAUUGAAGUCGUCGUCGAGUACAUGGACCUUGGCGACCUCCGCAACUACCUCCGGACAACGUCUGCGGCUCAGUUUGACUGGCGCCAAAAGGCGUCGACGAUCAUGAGCAUCGUCCGCGGUCUUGUCUACCUCCACACGUUUGAGCCGGCGAUCAUCCACCGCGACCUCAAGUCCCGGAACGUCCUCCUGGAUGCCAAGAAGGGGACCAAGCUCACCGACUUUGGCGCGUCUCGUGAAGCGUCCGACGCCAACAUGACCAACGGCAUUGGCACGUACCAGUGGAUGGCGCCCGAAGUCAUCAUGGGCACCGACUAUACGAUCGCCGCCGACAUUUACUCGUUUGGCGUCAUCUUGUCCGAGUUGAGCACGCACGCCGUGCCGUACGGUGACGAGAUCAACCCCGCAACGGGCCGCGCGUACACGCAGCAGGCUAUCAUGACCAAGGUGACGUCGGGGAAGCUGCGGCCAACGUUCGAGUCGGUGACGACACCAACGUGGGUCCGCAAGAUGGGUCACCAGUGCCUGGCAGCGUCGCCCGACGACCGUCCGACGGCUCUUUUGCUCACGUCGAUGGUGCAGUGCGCCAUGUCUCAGUCGGUGUAG